AUGGAACAUGUAUGUAGAUGCCAGCUGUGUUGGUUAUACAAGGGCUCCGUGUCGGUACCAUCCCCUUCACUUACCUAUGAUAUCCCCAAUAGACCGUUCCAGUGCGUCAGUGUUGAUGUCCUCUCAGGUUUCUCUGUUUCUACUACAGGCAAUACGUAUCUCUUGGUCUUAAUAGACAAUUUUUCUAGAUUCUGUGGGCUUGUUCCCGUUCCUGACAAGUCUGCUACUACGGUCGCCCGCGCAUUCUUGGAAAAUGUAAUUAGUAGGCAUAACACCCCGAAUGAGAUUGUUUUGGAUAAUGGGUCUGAGUUCAACAACUCUCUCCUACAUUCUCUCUGCAGUAUGCUCAGAAUCAAGAAAAUUAAUGUAUUAUCCUAUAGGCUAAUGGAAUUACGGAUGUACCCAUACAUCCCUGUUGGGAUGUAUAGACGUUUGCUGUAUGAUCUGCUGGAACAGCGGCCGUUACCGGUAUAUGACGACAACUACGUCAAGUUGGCUAUGCGUAAGAAGCAGGAUAUUUAUAAGAUUGCAUGUGAGCAUCUAAGAGUGGAGAGGGACAGGAUCAUUAGACAGCAAAACAAGCUUGCGCGGCAUAAACGCAUUGACGUGGGUAUGCUCGUUUCCACUAAGUUACUGACAGGGCUGUUUCUUCACUUAAGCUCUCACCCAAGUUUGAGGGUCCUUAUAGAAUUUUAUUGA